UGGCGCCCCGAGUGAGGGUGGAGGCGUGGGAGGUGCCGGGCCGCCUGCCGUAAGCGGCUAGUGCUGCGCGUGUGCCCGGCCGCCCGGUCGUCAUGGAGGAGAUCUCGGCGGAGGAGCUGGACGAUGAGGAGCAGCUGCUGCGACGGCAUCGCAAGGAGAAGAAGGAGCUGCAAGCCAAGAUUCAGGGAAUGAAGAACGCUGUUCCCAAAAACGACAAAAAGAGGCGCAAGCAGCUCGUUGAAGAUGUAGCUAAGUUGGAGAGAGAAAUGGAGCAGAGACACAGGGAAGAGCUGGAGCAGUUAAAACUGGCUUUCGUGGACAGUAAGAUAGAUUCUGUCGCCGUUAACAUUUCAGACUUGGUACUUGAGAACCAGCCACCUCGGAUUUCCAAAGCACAAAAGAGACGGGAGAAAAAGGCUGCACUGGAAAAGGAGCGGGAGGAAAGGAUAGCUGAGGCUGAAAUUGAGAACCUAGCUGGAGCCAGGCACGUAGAGAGUGAAAAACUCGCUCAGAUACUGGCCGCCAGAGAAUUGGAGAUCAAGCAUAUUCCAUCUGAUGGCCAUUGCAUGUACGGAGCGCUGGAGGAUCAGCUGAGAGAGCAGGACUGUGCCCUGACUGUGGCUGCCCUCCGGAAGCGCACUGCUGAGUACAUGCAGAGCCAUUCAGAAGACUUCCUGCCCUUCUUAACAAACCCCAAUACCGGGAACGUGUAUACUCCAGAGGAAUUUGGAAAGUACUGUGAUGACAUUGUGAACACAGCGGCGUGGGGAGGUCAGCUUGAGUUAAGAGCUCUGUCUCACAUUCUACAAACACCAAUCGAGGUACUACAAGCAGACGCUCCUCCUAUUGUAGUUGGUGAAGAAUAUUCGAGGAAUCCUUUAGUACUAGUGUACAUGAGACAUGCAUAUGGCUUAGGAGAACAUUAUAAUUCUGUCACACGGUUGGUGAACUCGGCUACUGAAAAUUGCAACUAGUUUACAAAAUGUAACACUAUGUUUUAUAGAGUGUGCCAAUCUGCAUAUUCCUAUCAAGUGCUAGGUUGUUGCAAUGCCUCUGAAAAACACAGCUACCUUAAGUCGGUUUUAUGAAUGAAUAAGCUGGCUAACAGCUUUUUAGAAAUCCGUUGGAUUGAUUUUAGCCAGUGCCCUCUUAGUGGCAUUCCUAGAACUUAAAGUAAAUCGUGGAGAACAUCGUAGAACAAGGUGUUAACCUUCUCACUAGUGAGUAUUGGUUAUCCAGGACAUUCUGAUUUUGAAUAAAUUUUUUUUAAAAUUUUGGCCUACAUAUUUAUAUUUCCAAAGUGAGUAUUUGAUAUAAUUUUUCUUAAAGUAUGGAGACGCCUUUUCUGUCAUGGUAGGACUGUAUUGUGAUGUCAGCAAGUUUAUGAAUGCUUGUGAAUGAGCGUGAUCAUAGUAAUUUUGGUACCCUAGAUCAGCAAGGUGAAGCUCGUUAUGUAGCGCAUAUCUGCAGCUAAGGAGAAACGACUUAGGGAUUUUUGAAUCCUUACAUGAGAAUCAGUUGAGUUCAAAGGGAUUAAAGAAAAUUAGUUGUAAAUGGGUGUUCACUGUGUCCAUUUUCAAUCUUUUUUUUUUUUUUUCUUGAGACAGGGUUUCUCUGUAGCUUUGGAGCCUGUUCUGGAACUUCUUUUUAACAAAUACGAGAUUUUCCUUUGCUAUGUGUAUAGCUUUAAAAACAAUGUCUUCUACAUUGCUGUUUUUCCAGCUUGAGGCUGGAGUUAUUCAUACCUUUAUUCUCUUCACAACUGAUAUUUUUUACAUUUUCUCCUUCUCAGUGGCUCUGCUUUUCCUAGAGCCCUUUUCCACUGGGAAGUACCCAGUGGCCUCUCCUUCCUCGCUGUGCAGAAGGGUCACAGCCACAUUCUCCUCCCGUUGUCCCUGCCCCAGUUUGUCCUAACAAGAUCUCCGCUGUGCUCGCUCUCUAGGAUUCAGAGAAAGCCUUGGCUGAAGGUUUUCUUGCUCCAGGUUGUGUCACUUUUUUUCACUCAAAUGGGUGAUUAUUGUAUUGUGUGUGUAGGUAAAGCUAAGGCCACUGUUAAGGAGCCGAGCUGAAAACGAGAGCAGAACAGUUCUCUGUGGACUGACUUAGGUAACUAGGAUUGCAGCCCUCUUCUAACAGAGCUCUCUGUGCGAGAGUUGUACCCAUACCCUUGUGUCUGCUGUGUGUAGCCCAGCGCCACGGCCUGGGCCAUAGCUCCAGUAGAGCCCUUGCUUAGAGUGCAUGAGGCUCAAGGCUCAAUUUCUUGCACCAACAAACAAAUUUAUGAAAAUGAAACUUUUUGGUUUCAUCUUUUUUUUCCCAGUUAGAACUAUAAGAAGAUUGAGCAUCACGUUUAUAAUAUUUGGGCUUUUGAUCAAUCAAUGUAUACUGUCUGAGUAAAUAAAAUGGGCUUAUGAUGUUAAAAGCAGGAAACACUAGCAGGCUGGGCAGCAGGCAAGUCAGGACUCUGAGUUCACUCCAGCAGACAAGACAUUGUCUGCCUCCUGCACAGUAUAUUCUAAAGGGUGCCUGCUUUGUAACUGCUGAUCUGUUUUUUUCCUUUGAAAUUUACAAAAGAAUGAAGUUGUAAAUUGAUGCUUUGAGUUUAUCUGAAAUAAUAUUAUUAUCUUCAUGCUAAAAUAUCAGCAUUGACAGUUAACAAAGCAAAAUAUUGUGAAAUUCCAUUUUCAACAAAGAUAGUCUAAAAUAACUCAUUAAUGUUUUGUUGUUUUGACAAGAAUUUAAAUGUACUUAAUUAUGUAUUUCUGGGUUUUGUGUAUAUGUUUUAUUUUAAAAUGGCCAUUGUAUUUAUGAAUAAAGUGUAUAGCCACCUGUACCAUUGUAGCUUUAAAUAAAAAAAAAGUCUUUUAAGAAUGGCAGAUGCUAAUGUAAAAGCAAUGUGAAAAUUACAUCUGCUGCUGCUGCUGGUCUAACGGGAAUCCCAUGAGCUUUCUGUAUGAAAACGUGUAUGUCAGAAUUCUGGAAUUUGUCUUCAGCCAAGAGUUUUGUCCACUUACAUAUGUUUACAGCCUAUAAAAAGUAAAACAAAGAAUGUGUAACUAUUAUGAGCAAGGUAGCUUUGCUCAUGUUAUCUGGUAUUUGCCAAAAGAAUAAAUGAUAAAGGAGUU